AUGGCGUCUUCUUUUCCAACCAAUCAAGCCAUCGUCGUCGGAGGAGGAUUGGGAGGAAUGUCUGCAGCCAACACUGUGGUUGAGCAUGGCGGUCGCGUGGUACUGCUGGACAAGUCGUCCUUCUGCGGCGGCAACAGCACCAAAGCGACCUCCGGUAUCAACGGGGCAGGCACCAAGACUCAGAAGGCCAAAGGCAUCCCGGACAACGCCGACAUCUUCACGCAGGACACCCUCAAGGGCGGCGCGAAGAAGCCGGAGCUCGCCAAGCUCUUGUGCGUGAACAGCGCAGAUGAUGUGGACUGGCUGGUAGACAAAUUCAACUUGGACCUCUCUUUGGUCGCCCGCCUGGGUGGCCACUCCCAGCCCCGGACACACCGCGGGAAGGAGCGCUUCCCUGGCAUGACCAUUACCUACGCCUUGAUCCAGAUGCUGGAGAAGGUGGCGGAGAAGACGGACCUGGCGCGGAUCAUCACAAAGGCCAAGGUCUUCAAGCUCGUGACGGAGAAGAACGCCUGCGUGGGCUGCGUCUACGAGAAGGGCGGCCAGAACUUCCAGGAGUUCGGCCCCGUGAUCCUGGCGUCAG